UUCGAAGGCUUGGCACUUAUAGACCAGCUAUCAUUUAAGUGAUCGGUGGCAUUACCAGCAUCCCGCCAGCCAAAAGUCUCUAGCGAGGCGGGAUUUCUGUUCACGCAGUAUACCAGGACAACAACCAAACCAAUAUUGUCCACAAAGAUGCGCACUACAUUUCCAACCCUUGCUUCAGCAAUUUUUGUGCUAUCUGGAAUAUUAAGCAAUUUGCCGGAUACCUACGCUUCGCUACAGUCAGAUACCCUAUACCGAGACUUGCAACAUGUGCAACUCUCCCGCCGCGGAUUCGAAGGAAUCAACACGGCCGAUUCUGGUGCAAACCAGUCCCAUUAUUACGCUGAACUUUCAAAACCCGCUGGGGGGCUUUGGAUUUGGACCAAUCUUGCCCGACUUACUCGAGUUAAUCUUCGUAAUGGGCAGCAGCAUAUUCCCCUUCCACAAGUGCAGAAUGGCUCGUUCACAUUUGAUGGACAGAAGACUCUUAUGUAUUGCAUUCCGAUAAUUUGUUUUCUUGGAUCACUUCUCCUGACUUUUAUCGCCAACUGCUGUGCUGGAUGUUGUCUUUGCACCUGCCGUAAACAGCGUCUGGCUCGCCGUCAAAGGGAUCCCUUUACAACGAGACAAAGGACAGUUGCUGGCUUCAUGCUCUUCUUCGUAUACUUCUGUUGGACUGCUGCUGUAAUUGGUGGAAUGCGUGGCAGUGAAUACUUCCAUAGAGCUAUGGUGAUCCUUGAUGAAACCGCAAAUCGAACAUUUGAAGAUGCUGACGGCAUUGUCGCCAACUUUCAAGUACGCUUGGGGGACGUCUUCGACACACUGGAUUCUGGCAUCAACAAUCUUACCGAUCGUGCAGCAAACUUGAUUGAUGUUGCGCCUCUCCAAAAUAUUUCGGACCAGAUUAUUCAACUAGCAGCCAACUGUACCGCCCUGGAUAACAAGAAGAAUUUGCUUACAUUGGAAGCCUCCAGUAUCGAAAGUUUCAAAAACUUGUUAACGGCUCCCGCAACCGGGCUUCUAUCCCAGCUGAUCACCAACAUCACUAUCGCCUCGAACAAGAUGGAUGAUUUAUCCCGUAAUUGGCAGCCGGUACCAGGCAAUUCCAACUACGCAUAUAAAUGGACUCGCGAUCCAAACGCACCAGAACCUGAUUGUAGCGAACUCAAUAAUCAACGAGGCCAAGUUGCGGGUACUGAAGAUGCGGUUUCCCUCGUAACUAACGCAUUGAGUGGUAUACCUGAGCUGUCUGAUAUCGCCGCGGAAGCCUUGAGCAUCGGUGGUGAUCUUCCAGGCAGAGUCAAGUCCAUUCAAACGCCAGCUUUGAACGAUGUUAAAAAUCAAACAAAAUCUGAACUGGCUUCCAUAAAAGCCGAUGUAAGCGUCACAUUUGAUGAUAUUGGACAGAAGAGCAACGAGUACCAGGCCACUGCGAACGAUUGGAUGUUAAAAAUCAUGAAGUAUGAACUUUACAGACGUAUUGCGUUCUUUGUCCUGUUUGGAUUGCCUGCCGUUAUUUUGAUAUUCAUGACAGGAGGAGUCGGUGGUCGAAGACCAGGACUUGUCAAGGGCUGUCUGUGCGGCUCCAUCCCGUAUACACUGUUGGCACUUUUCCUGACAAUGUUGUUCGUGAUCAUUAGUAUUCUUUUUGGCGAAGCAUGCACUGUUGCAUUCGACCGUUCAGAUGGCGGGCAGUCACCCCUGGUGUCGUUUAUGGGGAAUAUGACGGGCUCUAGCGACAUGAUCAGCAAAGCAUUCAAUGCUCGUGAUGCCUGCUUGCAAGGAACGGCUACGAUUGACGUUGUUCAGAUGUUCGUUACAUUGCCAGAUGUGGCGGAUAGCGCCAACCAGCAAAUAGAUUCGAUGAAUUUCUCCAGCGCCCUCAGUUCUUUGGAUGUGGAUUCGAUCAUCGGUAGUAUGCAGGACCCAUCAUCGGCCUCGUCGAACGCUGGUGCUGCUGAAACUCAAGUGAAUCAGUACAACCUUACUGCCAUAUCUACCAUGAAGGACGCUGUAGUGCUUUUACAACAGGCCAUCGGGCUUGCCAUUGACCAGCUUCAAGGAAACGGAACUGCUGGACCUGAUGGCUACCGAGUGUUCGUUGCAUCCGACAUAAACACCAACUACACGGCAGAUAAUGCAGCUCUCGACGCACUGGCAGCAGAAGUAGUUGCUCUGAGAAACCAGUUCCUGGGGUUCAAUUCAUCACUGAGUGUAUCUCUCACUACCUCCACAUCUAUCCAAAAUUCGUACAACACUAUGAAGUCCACCGUAAUUACAAUGGUGAAUAUUUCAAGUACCAUCGCAAGCGCGUUCAGCACACUGAAAACCAAUAUCGGGACGUAUGUGAACAAUCAAACUCAGGCCAUUAACGCCUCGAUUCCAGACCUAAAGGACACUAUGAGAGCAACGGUCAAUACAGCCCAAAACAUCAUAUACGGUGACUCAAGUAAUUGUAAAGAAGUAGCAAAGGAUACUGUGGAUAUCCAAAUGGCUGUGUGUGACGGAUUGUUGACCGGACUGGACGCUAUUUGGUUCGGUUUCUUCAUACUUGGCUCAGUGGGUGCAAUGUCCGUUCCGAUCUUCAUCUCGGCUGCCAAUAUGCUCGCGGACAGGGAUGCCACCAAACCCAAAGGCGACAAGAAAAAGGGUGGUAAGAAGGGUGGUAAAAAGGAUAAGAAAAGCAAAGGCAAACAGGCUAAAGGAAAGGGCGAGGAUGAUGUGGAAGCUGGACAGAUCAAAUGGACCACUCCCAAGGCACCGAAUACAGACGUGAGGAUUGAGAAAUCCAGUCGCAUGGACGAGCUGGAGUCGCCAAGAGACAGGAAGACCGCAGAAGGACCAGAUGGAAUGUAUCCAAGCCUCAGCAGCCUUCCACCCAACUAUGAGGAAUCCUUCUCGUCCCCGUCGCACCUUGAACACCGAGAACCAAACCGAUCAAGAGCUCCCUCCCAGCGGGCAUACGAAUUUCCUGUUGAGGACAUCCAAGAAAUGCGUCCCAGCUGGCUUGGAGCAUCCCUACCUCCCGGGGAUGUGGAAGUCAUGUCGCCAGCGUUCUCCCCUCGUCACCAUCAUCCCAAUGUUCCCCUCCCUCAAUCUUACGUGAGCAAUCACGGAGAGUACUUGGAGCCAGCUCAACCAUUGAUCCGUCACGGAAGCAAUGCUUCCCACGGUUCAAGGCGUGCCUCAUACGUCCCGCAUCAGCCAGUGUAUGAUCAUGUUGUCGCCCAGUUGUCAAAACGCAUGAGCGCACAACAGUUUGAUUAUCCCGAAAACCCACACCAAGAACAAUAUUCGCAUGGCAGUGGGCAUCAUUCACACUACGGCAGUGAUGAGGAGGAGCAGUAUAGGUGAACGAGCGAAGAAGUCUACGAGAGAGUGUGGGAUUGGGGAAGGGAAUGUGGGGGUGCAUAAGGUGGAGCUGGGAUGGGGAAAUCCUUUGUUAACUAACUUAGCUGUACGUUGAAAAGAAGAUGAUGAUCGCAUAGUUCAGUUAAUCCGUAAUCAUAUCUACAUCUCGACGGAUCUGUUAAACGGCAG